AGGCCACAACCAACUCGUACCCAGCACGCGCGCAGGCGCCAUAUAUACAGCUCCGCAUCCACUCUGCCCGCCUCAGCGACAGGAGCGACCUAGCUGCCUCUGCUCUGCUCUUGCAUGCCCGCCCGCCGCCCUGCUGCGAGAGAGGAAGUUUGAUUAGCUCCGGUCUGAACGGCAUGGGGAGGUCACCGUGCUGCGAGAAGGAGCACACCAACAAGGGCGCCUGGACCAAGGAGGAGGACCAGCGCCUCAUCGCCUACAUCCGGGCCAACGGCGAGGGCUGCUGGCGCUCGUUGCCCAAGUCGGCGGGCCUGCUCCGCUGCGGCAAGAGCUGCCGCCUCCGCUGGAUGAACUACCUCCGCCCCGACCUCAAGCGCGGCAACUUCACCGGCGACGAGGACGAGCUCAUCAUCCGCCUCCACGCCCUCCUCGGCAACAAGUGGUCUCUGAUCGCCGGGCAGCUGCCGGGCAGGACGGACAACGAGAUCAAGAACUACUGGAACACGCACAUCAAGCGCAAGCUCCUCUCCCGCGGCAUGGACCCGCACACCCACCGCCCGCUCACGGCCGACGGCGCCAACGCCAACGCCAACGCGCCGUCAUAUCGCCCGGCGCCGCCGCAGCCCAUCGCCGUGCCGGCGAGGGAUAUGUUAACCAUGAUGACGAAAACGCCACCGCAGCCGGCGCAGGUCGAGUCUUCGGACGAGGGGAGCAGCGGCGCCACGAGCACGGGCGAGCCGCGGUGUCCCGACCUCAACCUGGACCUGUCCGUCGGCCCGCCGGCGGCCGACACGCCCACCUCGCACUCGCAGCAGCCCAUCUGCCUAUGCAACCACCUCGGCUUCCACGGCGGGGAGGCGUGCAGCUGCCGCCAGGCCGAGAGCGCGGCCUCCCAGUCCCAGCGCGGGUUCAGAUAUUUCAGGCCGUUGGAGGAAGGCCAGUACAUAUGACUGAGAUCGACGAGACGGCUGCACCCUAGCUACCGAACUCAACGCCGGGGUUGUGCGCCUCAAGCCUAGCUACCCUCCGCGACCAAAAGCUCGGCUGCACCCUAGCUAAGGUGAGAGGCGUGCCGGCGACUGCUGAUGCAGAGAUGGCCGACACUAACGGAUUGUAAUCCGCGUCCAGCCCCGCCAAGAUCUGAGAGAGAGCAGGUCGUCAUCUUCAAUCUUCUUGCCGGCGGCCACCGUCUCGUCGGCGAGUCCCUUCAUCUUGGUGAAGUAGGCCGUCGCGAGAAGCUCACCUGUGUCUUGGUGUUGGAGAGCUGCGCGGGCAGUUGAAUCACGCACGCUCGGGACUGCGACAAGUACAUCUGCUCGAUGGCAGUCCACGGGGUGAAUCAACCGGCUGAUAGAGCCGUUAGAUGCACUUAACUGGUGAAUCUCGCUGCGAGUCCGAUCAAUGUAGCAAAAAUAUUUUGCAUGUAGCAAUUUUUUCAGACUAUCUAGCAUCGGUCUGCAACAUUUUCUCUAA